CGUGCAACUGGUUUUACCAAAGUUAUUCCUAGACAACUUUUUGAUUCUCCGCGUUUCACAACAAAUUAUCAGCUACAUACAUUUGUCGAUGCAUCCUCCCACUCCAUUGCAGUAUGCGUCUACCUACGCAGUCAUACAUCCGACAAUCAAAUCCGGUGUCGACUAGUGAUAGCGCGCCAUCGGCUCACCCCAGUGAAACAGCUCAAGUCAGACCCCGUUAUUACAAUUCCUCGAUUGGAAUUAGUUGCGCUGCAGCUUGGCAUGCAGCUCACUAAAUUCGUAUACGACGAACUCGACUUGAAAAUUGACAAGAUCAAUAUAUAUAGCGAUUCGCAAAUAGCACUAAAUUGGAUUCAGUCAGACAAACCCAAAGGCGUUUUCAUUCAAAAUCGUGUUCUCAAAAUACGACCUACGCUACUCUCGACUACACAUGUUGCUUCGUGCAACACAAAUGAACCAACAAUCAACUGGCCAUAUUUACGAACAUUCUCUUUUUCUAAAUGUCAUCGCAUUAUGGUACUAGUUCUCAAAUUCAUCAAGACCAAAGUUGUCAGCAAACUAAGACAAGAAAGUCGCGACAAAAUAACGAAAGCUAUACCAGAGCUUCAAGAAAUGUUACAGCUACGUCCUGCUACUCAAAUCCUUUCGCAGGAAGUAAUAGCCGCUGAGAAGUUAUGCAUAAAGCUUGCACAGGGCACAGUAGUGCCAACACCGAAACAUCAACAUCUCAACGUCCUAAACGACUCCGAAGGCAUAUUGCGAUGCUAUGGAAGACUUCAGAAUUCCCAUCUGCCAUUUCAAACUAUAAAUCCCAUACUCUUACCUUCCGAUCAUGAAUACACACGUUUGAUAAUCCUGGAUGUUCAUCAACGAUUAGGACAUCAAGGAGUUAAUUCCACUUUAGCGAACCUUCGAUUAAAAUACUGGAUACCAACGGGUCGACGCAUAGUUCGUAAAGUACUAAAAUCCUGCUCGACUUGCAAAAAAUGGAAUGCUAGAGCUUACCGAUAUCCAAACUCUCCGUCACUUCCAAACAGUAGGACAACACCAUCGCGAGUCUUCGAGAAUAUAGGUGUAGACCUGGCAGGACCCUUCCUAGUUCGAGAUCAAGACAAUCAUCAAAAAAGAUGGGUGUGCUUGUUCACAUGUAUGAGCACAAGAGCCAUUCAUCUAGAAGUACUAACUUCAGUGAGUGGCGAGUGCUUCAUAAACUGUCUGCGUCGUUUCGCUGCAAGACGCGGUCGACCGAGAGAAAUUAUUUCAGACAACGCGACAAACUUC